AUGCCAUCAUCAUCAUCAUCAUCAUCAUCAUCAUCAUCAUCAUCAUCAUCAUCAUCAUCAUCAUCAUCAUCAUCAUCAUCAUCAUCAUCAUCAUCAUCAUCAUCAUCAUCAUCAUCAUCAUCAUCAUCAUCAUCAUCAUCAUCAUCAUCAUCAUCAUCAUCAUCAUCAUCAUCAUCAUCAUCAUCAUCAUCAUCAUCAUCAUCAUCAUCAUCAUCAUCAUCAUCAUCAUCAUCAUCAUCAUCAUCAUCAUCAUCAUCAUCAUCAUCAUCAUCAUCAUCAUCAUCAUCAAGUAAUCAUAUUUAUUUUUUCAAAAAAGAGGGGUGA